GGCCGGGCCAUAAAUAUGAGGCCCAAUAAAAUUCAUCAGUACACUGUAUGGUCAUUUCCACACGUGCGGAACAGUAGCACGCAUAUAGGCAUAGCAAGAAGAGCCGACGAAGCCCUAUCAGUACGGCGGAGAGCCAGAGGGAUUAUUUGCGGAAAUAUGGAAGCGGAAGACGACGGCCGUGGGAUCAUGAUCGAGGAUGACGACGAGAUCUGCGCUAAUGGCACCACCGACGCCAAUCACCGCCCCCGCCCGAUUAUAAGCGGCGACCAACUCGACGUCGAAGCCUACGCCACUCUCUACGCCGGCCGCACCAAGAUCACCCGCCUCCUCUUCAUCGCCGAUAAAUGCGGCGUCGAGUCGAUGCAGCGGGAGGCUCUCAGGAUAGCGUACGACGAAAUUAAGAAGGGAGAGAACACGCAGCUUUUCCGAGAGGUUGUGGCGAAGAUCGAUGGCCGUUUAGGCCCAAAGUACGGGCCUGACGAUGCUUGGUCCAGAGCUGUGGACCGAAGGGCUGAAUUGAGGAAGGAGAAGCUUGAGAACGAACUCAAUGCUUACAGGACGAAUCUAAUAAAAGAAAGCAUUCGGAUGGGGUACAAUGAUUUUGGAGAUUUUCACUAUGCACAUGGUCAGCUUGGAGAUGCAUUUAAGAAUUAUGUCCGCACCCGGGAUUAUUGUACAACGUCAAAACAUAUCAUUCACAUGUGUUUGAACGCGAUAUUAGUUAGCAUCGAGAUGGGUCAGUUUGCACAUGUUACAAGCUAUGUUAGCAAGGCCGAGCAGUGUCUGGACUUGGAUCCUGUUACGAUUGCCAAACUACGUUGUGCUGCUGGUUUGGCUCAUUUGGAAACCAAAGCUUACAAGCUUGCAGCUCGAAAGUUCUUGGAAACUGGCAUAGAACUUGGAAACAACUACACAGAAGUUAUUGCGCCCCAAGAUAUCGCAACCUACGGUGGCUUAUGUGCACUUGCUAGUUUCGACCGUGCAGAAUUGAAGAGCAAAGUCAUUGAUAAUGUUAACUUUAGGAAUUUCCUCGAACUUGUUCCUGAAGUAAGGGAGCUAAUAAAUGAUUUCUACACCAGCCGAUAUGCUACCUGUCUGGAAUAUCUCAAAAACCUUAAACCAAACUUGUUGCUUGACAUCCAUUUACAUGACCAUGUGGAGACACUAUACGAGCAGAUCCGCAGCAAAGCUCUCAUCCAAUACACCCUGCCAUUCCUCUCUGUAGAUCUCCAAAUGAUGGCUGAUGCCUUCAAGACCAGCGUUUCUGGCCUUGAGAAAGAACUUGAAUCACUUAUUACCGACAAUCAAAUCCAGGCCCGGAUCGACUCCCAUAACAAAAUCCUCUAUGCCCGCCAUGCUGACCAGAGGAACAGCACUUUCCAGCGCGUGUUGCAGACUGGAAGCCAAUUCGAUCAGGAAGUGAGGACCAUGCUCUUGAGGGCCAAUCUCAUCAAACAUGACUACAAUCUCAAGGUAUCCCGGAAACAGCAUUGAAUGAGUACCCUCCUACCCAUUAAAGAAAAACAACAACAAAACAGAAACAUACAUCCACAGGUAUCGUAUGCAAUAUAGAGUUUUGCAAUGCAGAAUUAUGGCGCCUGAAAUUUGGGGAAGUUGGAUUCUUAUAUUGUGUCAAAUUAUGUUUGGUAAGCAUUGUGAUUACUAUGAGGAUUAGCAGCAGGCAGUAAGCAUAUAUAUAUAUAUAGUAAGGUUUUGGGGAGGGUGGUGUUGGUUUGUUGUCCCAUUCUUUAGAUAUGUUGUGUACUUUAUUGGGUAUUGCCUGUGAAAUUUACUAGUAAAUUCUCUUGUGGUUUA